AUGAUGGUGUCAGGAUCCAUGCGUAUGCUGCGUGCCCCUGCAUCGCGCUCUAUGGGCGCUGUUCGUGGUCUUCAUAUGACCAAGGUGGCUCGCGGUGUGCAGCAGCCCAUGUCCGAGGCGCAGACGGCCGAGUACCCUCGCGAAGGCUUCAACUCGCGGCUCUGGACGCUCGGUAUCGCGGCGAUCGCCGGAGGUGCCGCUACGAACUACUAUUUGAAGAAAUACGUCAAGGGCGAUGAGGAGGCAGCCAAGCCCUUCUUUACCGACUUGAUUGAGUCGUGCUCGACGAGCACGGACAAGAUCCGGGAGGCGAACCAGGAGCACAUUGACUUGUCGAUCAAGCGUGCUGAAGCGCAGCUCAUGAUCCAAGACGCACAGAAGCCCAGCACCCACCGUGUGAGGUUCCCUUACUUGAUGGAGCAGUACCCGAGGCGCGGCCUUCAGACCGGCUCUGUCGUCGACACGUCAGACUUGCAGGUCAAUCAGGAGCGUGUAUAG